AUGCAGAUGGUGCUGGAGGAACGGGACCUAUGGGAGGUCGUCAGCGGUGAGAUCAAGGCGGAACAGUGCGAGACUCAGUUGGACCAAGCGACGUACAAGAGGAAGUCAAGAAAGGCGAUGGCAGUGAUCUGUCUAGCCAUGGAAGAUUCCCAGCUACCGUUGGUCCGGUCGGCAAGUGGUGCAUGCGACGCAUGGUCAAGGUUGGAAGACCACUUCGAGAAGAAGAGUCUUGCCAACAAGCUGUUCUUGCGCCGUCGCUUCUUCACGACAAUGAUGGAAGAAGGCGAUGUUGAAAAGACAGCGGCUGUGAAGAAGACACCUCGUCAAGCUGCGUCAAGUGUUGAAGCAAGUGGAAGACCAAGCUUCGCUAUACCGGUGGGUACCGGUAUGUACCAGUAA